AUGUUCGAUGCUUUCAUUCCGAACGCUAGCGUUGUCAGCACCAUCUUUUGCUCUUUUCAGUCUGUUCUUUUCUACCUAUCUACUUUCCAUUCAAUCCGUGUUACAUGCGGUCCGAAAUGUCUACUUUCAUUCAAUCCGUGUUACAUUCUUCACUCUUUUGGUUCUGUCCUGGGGCGCAAGGGCAUCGCAUACUAUGCUUUGAGUCUCAAGUGCACUGAUACCAUGGACUUUCAACUUUCACCAUCCACGGUCGGACAGUCCCAAGGCUCGUGUUCUCUUCAUCUGCCCUAUUCUUCUUUCUUGAAGUUCUGUCCCUGGCACCCAAACGCGCUCCAUUUUAACAUCUUCAGCCUCUCCGUCCAUGGACUUUCACCAUGCACGGUUGCAAGACUCACGUUCUGUCCUCUCUUGUGCUACUUUGCUGCACGUCCGACUCUCAAGCGCUUACCCAUGUCAUCGACUCAUGGCAUCCACCGCGCAUCUUCGCCCCCCUGCCUCCCUCCACCAAGUCCAAAGCGGCUGCGCAUGGAGCCAUUCAACACUCUGGCGGUUUCCCCACGCAUGGAACGUUCGCUCAGCAUGCUUGAGCGGGAAUCCCAUGAGCUGUGGCUGAGGAUUGGAGAAAAGGAGCUUGAGGGGAAGGGCACAGCGAAGAGCUACCCACGGCAAGUUCAGAACUAUCAGGUGUGGUUUGAUGCAGACCAAGCACGCACUGCUGCUGCGUCGAUGUUUCUCCACCAUGAGACCACACGCGAGAAGUAUAAGCGCGGGAGCAAAGACUUAAUCCAAGGCUCAUCCCUCGGGAAAUCUCACGUUGCACAGGUCAUCAAUGCUCUUGAGAAGUACCGCCUCAACCACUCACACUCUUACCCACGCGAGCAUGAGACACACGUCAGCCUGCGCAGGGAUCCACGUAUACGUGCAUUCGAGUCAGCAUCAAGGCACCAUGAGCCGAAGAGAGUUGAGAAGUCACAGACAGUGAAGGCUGCUGGCACAAGUUCUGACACAUACACCAAGGCCAAGCUCAUCCGCUGCUCUCUCUGGUGCCUCACAGACUUCUCAGGGCCACAAUAUGUCUUUGUUGGGAUCCGUGAUCCGACCGUUCCACUGGACCAAAACAAUGAGAUCCAGGUCCUCGCUGCACUGGCGGACAAUGCGAAACACAACCAAACAGGCCGUGUUGAUGAGCAUGGGGCCAUACGACAUGUCCAUGCUGAGCUCUGCCCCGUCGGCGCGCUUGCAUUCCUUUUUUUCGCACACUUCCACAUCCUCAACUGCGCCCCUCCUGACUUUGCCCCUGACUUUGCCAACAAGAACUAUGGCGAGUAUGGCUGCCGGGAGUGGUAUGAAUACCAUGUCUUUUACACAGGCAGCCCGACCAAGGAAAUGACCUAUGAAAACCAUCGCGAUCGCAUCACGACCAUGCACAUGAAGAACAACGUUGACAUCACAAAGAAGACUCACGCUGGCCGUCACUAUGCUGCGCAGACAGCACGUGCACACGGUGCCAGUGUGAAUGGCACCAAGGCACUCAGUGGCUGGAGUGACAACGGCUCAUUCAAUCCAGUCUAUGACCGUGCAUUCCCUUUGGAUGCACUGCUUGGUGCAGGCAUGUUUAAUGCACGGCGCCCAGAGGAUUACACCCUGCCCAGGAACAGUAUUGUUCCACCGCUUGCACUGAUGGAGGAGAUUUUUCCAUUUGUUGAGCGGGCACAGCAAGACCUCAAAGACCGCAGUCAACGCUCACCGCUUGCCAUGGACAUUGCCCUCCGCCAGUUCCUCUCUGUGUUGCUGUGGUUCCGACUGGUCCUUCUUCAGGAUGCUGCGCUCCUCUACACCAAACACCCUGAAAUUCAGAUGUUUCGAUUCAAGCCCUUCAACACGCAGUGCUUCCGGGACUAUGCCCACGAAGCUAUCCAGGCAGUCGCGCAGGCAGAGGAGCAGGCCAGGAUGGCCUUUCAUAACCUGCCUCAGCAUCUUGUGUGCAGCCUCAAGGGCCUUGUCACAAACAUGACACUGGAUCAGCAAGCUCAGCAUGCAGAGAAUGAAGCCCUGCGGGCAGAGGUUCGGCAGCACAUGGAAACCCAGAGUGCCCUGCUCGCAGAGCUCACUGCAGGCAGCUCUCAUGGGCGGCGGAGAAGGAGCCACAAGGCAGCUGUGCAGACAGCUGCCACAGCCAUCCCAGCACCCACUCACCAAAUCACUGGACCGCCUUCACUCCCCUCCCUCUGCCUUCAGACCGUCCCCUCUUUUCCCCACACUACCAUGCCUAAUUUUACCAUCAACAUCUCAGGCGCACCCACCACAAACAUGAGCACCAGCACUUUGGUUCCCACAGUCAGCCGUCCCAACUUGGCACUCCCCUCCUUUGGCGCUGACCAGCCAUCGGCCGUUGACACCUCACCCUCCGAUCCACAGUCAGAGAAAUGGGCAGCCCUUCUUGCCAAGUAUGGGCGGGCCAAGCUCGACGCUCAUGAGUGGGAGUGGAAGAACGGAGACUGGCUCCCAAGGUACCGUUACCAGCCUGUGGAUGCCAUCACAGACAUCUGGACUGAGUAUGUCGAUGGCCUGAAUGGCCAUCUUUCGACACGAGAGCUAAAGGACCGGUGGGGUGCAAAGUGGCGACGCAAUGAAGGUGGCCUCAAAACUGAGGCUGCAAGGCACUCCAAGGUUGUCUCCCUUGUAGAGCAGCUGUCAGCAAAGCCGAACUGGAAUGUCUCCCUUGCGCUGAGAUUCCUGGUUGAGAAGUAUGAGAACACUUCUGCAUUCAUGGGCAAGGUACGAGCCUUCUGUGACUAUCUACAGAAGGAUCGUGGGGCUGGCUUUCAGGCUGUCCUUGCAGCUGCUUUGCAUUAUCCUUGA